AUGGUCUCUGACGAAGCGGCCGCCCUGGACGCGAAAUACGAGUGCCACGCCGAGGAGUUCACCUUCCCAACAUUCAAAUCGAUGGGGUUGGAUGGCCCGGCAGAUCAGAAAGUGACCUAUCUCUGCGGGAACUCGCUCGGACUUAUGCCCAAGAACCUCCCACAGGCGGUCAAUGCUGAGCUGGAUGCGUGGGCCGCACGCGCUGUGGAGUCUCAUUUCAGGCACCCGCACGAAAAUACGGGCGGAACUCCGUGGAUGGACAUCGACCUGCCGGUGGUUCCUCUGCUGGCACCAGUGGUCGGUGCGAAACCAAGCGAGGUGGCGUGUAUGGGAACGCUGACAAUGAAUCUGAACUCACUCCUGUGCGCGUUUUAUAGGCCAACCAAAGAAAAGUACAAAAUUGUGUUUGAGAAAGGCGCGUUUCCGUCUGAUUACUAUGCUUUUCUCAACAUGGUCAAGUUACAUGGCUUCACGGAGUCUGCCUUGAUCCAGCUCGAACCAAGACCCAACGAGUUCACACUGCGGACAGAGGACAUUCUCAAGACGAUCGGGGAUCAAAGCGAGAGCAUUGCGCUUGUUUGCUUGCCCGGUAUCCAGUAUUACACGGGACAGUACUUUGAGAUUGAGAAGAUCACAGCCUUUGCUCACGCCAAAAACUGUGUGGUUGGCUGGGAUCUUGCCCACGCUGUUGGCAACGUGGACCUGAAGUUGCACGACUGGGACGUGGACUUUGCUGCUUGGUGUUCCUACAAAUAUCUCAAUUCGGGGCCUGGUGCUAUCGGAGGCAUCUUCGUUCACGAGAAGCAUUGCAGGCCGGACGUGCCGCGGCUCGCUGGCUGGUGGGGAAACGAUGCGGGCGAGCGGUUCAAGAUGCUCGAGAGAUUCAGGCCAAUCGAAAGUGCGCUCGGAUUUAGACAGUCCAAUCCGAGCGUACUGGACGUUGUGUCCCUGAAGGCCUCGUUGGAAACCAUGCACAAAUGUGGUGGUAUCGAAAAACUACGAGCAAAGAGCGUGCAGCUGACAAACUUUUUGGAGAGGCUGCUGCGCGCGUCGCCAUAUUACCGUGACGUCAGCGAGUCCAGCAGCACCAGCGGUCCGCAUUUUGUCAUUCUGACUCCAUCGGAUUCGAAUCAGAGAGGAGCGCAGCUGUCGCUGCUGUUCAAGCCUGAAGAUGCAAUGGAGAAAGUGUUCACGUACAUGAACACGCACGGAGUUGUCUGCGACGAACGGCGGCCUAAUGUGAUCAGGUUGGCUCCCGCGCCUUUGUACAACACGUUUGCCGAUUGCGUCAGGUGCGUUACCCUGCUCAACGAAAGUUUUUCAGGCUGGUAG